UGCAUUCAGUAUCGAGAGAGACGCCAACUCGCGAACAUUGACUGGAUACGCGCGAAAAGCUGUGAUAUUAUUUUGUAAUAAUGAACGAACGACCGUUCCGAGCGCAGAUUCCUCGUAUACCUGAAGUAGGUGAUGAGGUGAUCGUGAAAGGUAUGCUUAAGCCGGAUGCAAGAGUAUUCUCGGUAAAUUUCAUUUUACCCCAGCCGCCUCCGGUUCAGAAGUCUGAGUCAGUUCCUUCGGAAAGUGCAGUGAAUAUUUCCCAAAAAUGUUGUACACCACCUGUAACGAGCGUCAGUUGGCCUUAUAUCGCAUAUCACUUCAAGGUGCUUUUCAACGACGAUGGAUCUAGGAUCGUGGUCCAAAACUGGAAGAACGUCGUAUGGCAAGAUGAGAGGCGCACUCUUAGUCGCAAUUUCAAAGACCGGACAAAGUUAUUUAGUCUUAUCUUUCGAUUUCACCACGACACAAUAAGAGUAUUUGUGGACCACACUCACCAUACGCCAGACUAUGAAUUCGAGUACCAACUUCCGCUCGAGCGCAUUCGUACCGUCGAGAUCUGGGAUGACGUAUAUUACGUCGAAGAAGUGACGUUUCGUUUCAAGAAUGUAGGUCGGCGAUCAAGAGACGCCGGUUUUACCUGAACUGACGUCUGCAACAUUUCAAUCGUCUUGUUCAAUCGAAAGUAAACAUUUACCUUUGGCACACACGGAAGAUUGAAGUCCACCGAUAGCAAGCACCGGGCUGAGCGAUCACUCAUGUUUCAAUCUCAUUCACCAUUUACUUGCUGUUUAUUGACCGGCCCCGGUUCAUCAGAAUAACAUCAAAUCACGAAUUGCACGCGGACGCUAUUUAUUAACCAUGCAUGUCACCGAACAGUAUUAUCACAUAUGUAUUCUUUGAAUCAAUGACGCUGCUAAACGGAAGUUCGAUAAAUGAAAUAAAGAUAAAAUUUUAUCAUAUCGUA